AUGGGGAUCCGACUAGACCUUGCCUCCAUGUCACAUCCACAAUCUAAUGGGCAGGUCGAGCAAGCCAAUGUCCUUAUACUAGGUGGACUUAAACCUCCCCUUGAAGAAUCACUGCAACGUGCAGUCGGAGCUUGGGCGGAGGAGUUAGAUUCUGUUCUGUGGAGUUCACGAACAACCCCUAACAGAUCAACUGGUUUUAAGCAUUUUUUCCUAAUAUACGGAUCUGAAGCAGUGUUACCCUCCGACAUCAUCCAUGAUUCUCCGCGAGUUUCCACCUACAAUGAGAAAAAUGCAGAUGAGGCUCGACAGCUAUCUGUUGACCUGCUCGAAGAAGCUCGGAACUUAGCUGACAAGCGCUCCACCAUCUACCAGUAG